AUGUCUCAAUCCAUCAACGUGACAACAAGUCAGGCCCAAUCUGGUAUAUCCCAGGAUUUGCGGAAUAACAUCUACUCGGCCCUUCUCUCCGGCGAUGGCAUCCGCAAUAUUGAAUCCACUCUUGAUGAAUCCUUGCGUGCCUCCGGGUUCAAAGAUGCUCUGAGAGCCUACAUUACGGAUCUUUUCCGCUCAGGCCAAGCUACUACCUGCGAGGAAGCCCGAAAUCUGGCGAUGCAGAAGAUCAGGGAGCAGACGCGCGGUCUGGGUGAUGAAUCCAACGGAGUAAACGGAACGAAUGGAACGACAAACGGUAAUGGGGAGAAUAGAGACGAGGUAGACUUGAAGAUACCCAAAUCGGCAAUCGACGCCGGUGCAAAGACGGUCAUGAAGGAGUUGGAGAAGGUGUGCGACAUCACAUACGAAGACGACAAGUGA